GGUUUCCUGCCCUUCUCACUCUGCCUGUGUUGUCCUUGCAGGGGUGUGAACACGUUCUCUCCGGAGGGGAGGCUCUUCCAGGUGGAAUAUGCCAUCGAGGCCAUAAAGCUUGGCUCCACGGCCAUCGGGAUCCAGACCUCAGAGGGAGUUUGCCUGGCUGUGGAAAAGAGGAUCACAUCUCCCCUCAUGGAGCCCAGCAGCAUUGAGAAGAUUGUGGAGAUCGACUCUCACAUUGGGUGUGCCAUGAGUGGAUUGAUAGCCGAUGCAAAGACUUUAAUUGACAAGGCCAGAGUGGAGACUCAGAAUCACUGGUUCACCUACAACGAGACGAUGACGGUGGAGAGUGUGACACAGGCUGUGUCUAACCUGGCCCUGCAGUUUGGGGAGGAAGAUGCUGAUCCAGGAGCCAUGUCCCGCCCGUUCGGCGUCGCUCUGCUCUUUGGAGGAGUGGAUGAGAAGGGACCCCAGCUGUUCCACAUGGAUCCCUCGGGAACGUUCGUGCAGUGUGAUGCCAGAGCCAUCGGCUCCGCCUCAGAGGGAGCCCAGAGCUCCCUGCAAGAGGUUUACCACAAGUCCAUGACGCUAAAGGAAGCCAUCAAAUCUUCCCUGGUCAUCCUGAAACAGGUCAUGGAGGAGAAACUAAAUGCCACCAACAUCGAGCUUGCCACGGUGGAGCCUGGGAUGAAAUUCCACAUGUACACAAAAGAGGAGCUUGAGGAGGUCAUCAAGGAUAUUUGAAAGAAGAGGGAGAGACCCCCAAAAGCUCAAACCCCUUCCCCAACCAAAGGAACUGGUCCAGUUCACCCAGCUCCUGGGACUUCCCUCCCCACAGCACCUGAACCUGCCGCUCCUGCCAGCUCCAGAGGUUUUUUACUGUUUCUGGACAGAGCUGAGCUUUGCCUGAGGAGGGAAUGAAAUAAAUCAUUUUGUUACUCUAAA